AUACCGGAAGUUGCGUGGUGUUGCAUGGAACUUGAUGGCAAAUCGGCGCAGCUGCUUUCUUUGCAAAGGAAUGUCGCGGAUAUAUUUGUGUGGAGAUGGAGCUGUGACAGAUGUGUUGAUGAGAAGAUGUCGGGACUGCAGCGUCGUGUCUCACUGAAUAACUAUGCUGCUCAGAAAACGUGGUAGUUCCCUCCACUGCUGACAGGCAAGGAAGAACAUCUAGUCAGAUUUAAGGGAGGCUAAGUUUAGAGUCCGUAUUAAGUCGUUUGGUGUCAUAUUUGUUUCUGAGGAUGGACCCUUAACUUCCUCUGCCACCAGAACACACUGUCGCUUGUUCCCUGAGUUGUCAGGAGUCGUCAGGCAGAUUGUCGGUCUGCUACCACGUGUCCCCAGUAGAAUAUCUUGAAGCCUCAUCAACAUGUUUUCAGCCCUGAAGAAACUGGUGGGAUCUGAGCCAGGACAGCUCAGGGACAAGAACAUCCCUGCUGGCCUGCAGUCGAUGAACCAAAGUCUGCAGAGACGCUUUGCCAAAGGGGUCCAGUAUAACAUGAAAAUAGUGAUCCGAGGAGACAGGAACACUGGAAAGAGUACUUUAUGGCAUCGACUUCAGGGCAAGAAGUUUGUGGAGGAGUACAUUCCCACUCAGGAGAUCCAAGCCACGAGCAUUCAUUGGAAUUACAAAAUGGCUCCGUAUCAAGCUACUGAUGAUGUGGUGAAGGUAGAGGUGUGGGACGUGGUGGACAAAGGCCAAAAAUAUCCUCUUCCUGAAGGUGUAGGCAAAGGCAAAAGGCGUGGUGACAAUUUGAAACUGGAGAACGAGCCCCAAGAGUCGGAUGAGGUUGCCCUGGAUGCAGAGUUCCUGGACGUGUACAAGAACUGCAACGGAGUCAUCAUGAUGUUUGACAUCACCAAGCAGUGGACGUUUAACUACAUCCUGAGGGAGCUGCCCAAAGUGCCCACCCACGUACCGGUGUGUGUGCUGGGAAACCACAGGGACAUGGGCGAGCACCGCGUCAUCCUCCCUGAUGACAUAAGAGACCUAAUUGCUGGGCUCAACAGACCGAUGGGAUCGUCUUACAUCCACUAUGCUGAGUCCUCCAUGAAGAACGGCUUUGGCUUGAAAUAUCUGCACAGGUUUUUCAACAUCCCCUUCCUUCAGCUACAGAGGGAGACCCUGUUGAGGCAGCUGGAGACCAACCAGCUGGACAUGGAUGCCACUCUGGAGGAGCUGUGUGUCCAGCAGGAGACUGAGGAUCAGAACUAUGAAAUUUUCCUGGAGAACUUGGAGUCUCGCAGUAAGGGCUACGGCUCUCCUGGUCCAGCCAAUGGUCAGAGUCCCUCCUCGGGCUCCCAGUCCCCCAUCGUCCCUCCCAGUGGGGCCUCCACGGGCAGCUCCAGCCCCAGCACCCCACAGCCCCCCAUCCCCUCCCAGGUGCUCCCACAGUCACCGUCCGUGUCGGCCUCCUCCCCACCACCUCCCACAGCAGCGGUGGGUGGGGCGGCUUCACCUACUGCAGAGGUCAAGCCGUCGGCCCAGUCGCCCGAACACCUCCAGACCUCAGCUGCUUCUGGAGGGUCAGGACCCCAGAAACGCAGCUUCAUCUCCCGCUGGUUUGGCUCAUCUCCUGCUGCUGAGGCUGCUGCUUCUGCACCAGAGGACCCUCCAGCACCAGCGGCUCCGGCUAAGGUGCAGAGUGUGGAUGAUUUUGUGCCGGAUGAAAGACUGGACAAGAGUUUUCUGGAGGACAGCCUCCCCUCGAGGAGCAAGGCGUCCCAGCCUGCACCUGCUGCAGCCGUGGACAGCGACAGUGAUGGUGAAGGCAGAGGAAACCCGAUGGUGUCCGCUUUCCAGGAUGAGCUCGAUCCCGAUGACACCGAGCCCAGCCUCCCCCAGGCCAAGCUUCUGCCCCCCAGUAAAGACAUCACUCUGACCAGUGAUGAGGAGGAGGGAGUCCCAGCAGCCCCAACAGUUACACAGGACCAGGACCUGGACAGUGAGCAGGAGCUGAAAGCGCCUGUGAUCCACAUCACAAAGCCAAAGGUGACGUCUAAAGCUCCAGAGCCCAGAGAGCAGGCAGGAGCACCCAUCUCCCUCACCUUAACUCCAGCAUCAGAGCAGCCAGCCAGGCAAGGCAAGAAGAAGGGAAACGUACCCAAAGCUGAAGACUCGGACACCGACCCUGAGGCCCCGGUCGCCCAGCAGAUGCUGUCUUUUGUCAUGGAUGACCCCGACUUUGAGUCUGAAGCAUCAGACACACCAAAAAUAGCAAAGGACUCGUUUCCCGUCAGGGAUGAGCUUCUGUCCGACCUCUCUGAUGAUGACAUGCAGUUAGCCAAGGUGCCAGAACCUUUGAGGCCCACUGUGAUCUCCUUUAAGCUCCAGGAUGAUACUGACCUGUUUGGUCUUGGAAUCCACGAGGAGCCGGCUGCAACCAAGGACAGCAGUGACGACCAAGAAGAGAAGGAAAGCAAACACUCCUCCAAAGAAAAGAAGAAAAAGAAGAAGAAGAGCAAAGAGGAGGAUGAAAAGAGCAAGAAGAAACACAAACACAAGAAAAAGGACGAGGCCGCAGCAGGAGAGGAGAAGGAGAAGAAGAAAAAGAAAUCCAGGACCAAGAAAACCGAAGUGGAUGAGCUGGAGGACUUCCUGGGGGGAGGAGCCGGAUCGAUCAAAAGAGACGACGGCGAUUACGAAGAACUAUAAGAGCUCCGGUUUUAUGAGGAAAUGGAGCCACAGAGCAGCAGCGAGGCGUGAGAUCGUUGAUAAAACCUCCUGGUUCCUUGACUUGUAUGUGCAUAAAGCAGCAUCUCCAAGCCAUACACUAUACGCAAGGCUACCACCUGCAUCCAGGGAAGACAACCAAGAGCUCUGGUACCUGUAUGUUCCCUCUGAGUUAUCCCCAUGUGCACUACUGCUCACUUCCAUUCCAAACUGUAAGAACGAGGGGGGAGACCCACGUGUACUGUAGUGAGUCCUGACAUCAGAUUUGACGGUUGGUGGCCUCACAUCGACUCCACUUGGAGCUUACUGGAUACAUCGGCUUAACGUUUCCUUUGAUUUGAUCCACUCCCACUCAGCUGCUGUAAAUAGGGUUCUCUUUAGUGUGACUGUCUGUGUGCUUGGUGUUACACCUGAGAGCAUGCUUAAAGCGACGAGUGACUCCUGAAAGAUCCCAUCGUCUUCUUUCUGUUUCUUUCCUACUUGUUGGCUUAAAUGGUUGAUGGGAGGUUUAGUGUUGUGUCUAAUUAUGAACAGAACUUAGUGAUUUAGAAGUGAAUUUCCUUUUCUGCUCCUACUCUACAUCGUCCACACUACGCCAGCUGAAGUUUUCCUGUUUUCCUUUCUGAUGGUGGUUUAUCUACAGACCCAACUCUCCCCAAAGUUGCUCCAUAUCUUACGGUCAUCAGACUGUUUUAAAACACCACCUCAGCCAAUAAUAACAGUAGUAUUUAUGCUGGUUGUGGUUAAAUAUCAACCAGUGUGUGUUUUCAGAGCUGGUUUUAUUCAUACUCAAGGAGACCGAUAACUGAUAUCAAAAACAGAACUGUAAAAUAAUUAAAAUCCUCCACAAACUCCAACACAAAGCAUCACUGAAAAGCCUUUGAUUAUUUACUGAAAUGAGAGCUCUGUGAGCAUUGCUGUGGGUAGAACUACAGACAGAGACAGCAGCACAUUUUUAAGCCCAUUUAUGUCAUCAGGAAUCAGUCACAAAGACAAUGACACUGAUGAUGUGUAAAUAGCUCAUUAUUGGCUGUGAUAAUCAGCCAUGCCGGUGUGCGGUUGAGCCAGACUUUCACUGUCUUACACUCCAAAACCCUGCCUGUAGGGGCAGUUAAAUUAUGAGCUUCUCUGUAUGAAAACUCUCAUUUACAAAUAGUUACAGAACUGGUUUCUGUCACCUCUUAGUUCCUGUUCACUUCUUUAAGUGGGACUUUAAAAAGGUUUUCACCAGCUGUGAUCUCUAUGUACGUAUAAAAGUAUGUUUUGGAGAGUUAAACCGUUAUCUAGUGCUCAGGCUACAUGAUAGCAGCUGUUUGACACGGCCAACGACAUAAAUUAACAAUCAGCCAACGGAAAACGAUUCCUAAAGACUUCUCUGUAGUUUUCUUUUAUAUGUGGAUGACGGCUGCACUCUGAGUCACAGGCGGAUUCUUUCCACUUGAAGUAGGUCCUACAGCUGUCCUGACAAACUCCGUACUGCUUCAUGCUUACAGCUGGGACAUGUAGUCUGCUCAGUCAUGUGUUUGUGGCUCCAUCCUCUUCGUACUGACACUGCAGCGUAUGGAUGUAACUGCAGAGGAAUGUGGCUCAGAAUGGAAAGCAGCUAGCUACCAUCUAACCAGGCAGAACUGGACCUGUAAUCACUCUGUCUCUUCCUGAUAGCUCAGUCUUCCUGUUGUAUGAUUUUAAAAUGAAAGAUGCCCGACCAUGACUCUGCUUCUCUCGGCCUAUCAGCUCUGUUUGUUUACACGUUUACACUCUGAGGUCCAAUCACAGCACAGAUCUACACCGCUGGGCUCACUUAAUGUCCUUAUGUUUGAAAGAAGAGCAGUCUUCUGAAUGAUAAAUCCAGUGUAGACAUAGUUAAUGUGGUAAAUGACUAUUGUAGCUGGAAACGGCUGAUUUUUAAUGGAAUAUCUCCAUAUAAUAUCUCAUUGAUGAUUAGAAAACCCUUGUGCAGUUAUGUUAGCACAUGAAAGUGGGAGUUUUAUGGAAAACAUGGAAUUAUCUGGAUGACCUCAAACUUUUCAACAGUAGUGUAGGUCACCUUAUAUUAGGUGUGAAUCAGGCUGGGGCAGUAAAGGUUAACAGAGAGAGCAGACGUAGGCUGGGCUUCACUGAUAUGUUGGUCUGUCUAGUAAAUAAAAGACACACCGUGACUGGAGGAAAAGACAUCUCCUCCUUUACUUCCUGAUGUUUACACACACAGAGGAGCAUGCUGCUGUCAGGUGGAGUGCAGCUGCUGACUCCUUCCUGAUCUCCACAGAAUGCUGUCCAUGUGUUCACUCAUCGGCUCAUCAGCAUGGAUUUACAGCUGGGACUGUCAGAGCUGACAGAACCAGCAGCAGCCGUUCUCUUCAUCUCUACUAAAACACUUUUUCACAGCGUUGUACAAACUAGCCGACCUAGCAUGGACGUAUUCUGGUGUUUGCUUCUCCUGAAGCCGCUGUGGUGAUGAAUACGGUCAUACUUGUGAUUUUCAGCCGCUGAUCAAAGCACCCACCUUUCUCUGCUUCACCUUCUAGGCGACACACAAACUGUUCAUGUUUUCUGCAACUGCCUUAACGGAGUUACUACGAGGGAACCAUAUGCAGCUGUCUCCAUGAACCAUUUUAAGUGUUCUUACUGUAAACUGUUAGAUGUUAGGUUUAGAACGGUGUCAGAGCCUUUAACUGGUGGAUCUGUGUCAUCCUUAAAGCCUGUCAUAAGAUUGCUGUGAAUCCGUACUUUUAUUUGUCUUUUGUUUGACUCUGAUUGGACGGCGGUUCUUCUUUUAAUAUUUCUCUAUAAGUGCAUCAUUUCCAGGAGUUUCUCAUUGUUUUAUCCUUGCGUUAUUUAUUGCUUCUAUUGUUUGUUUGGUUGCAACAUGUCAGGGUUUGUUUGUUUGUGUGUCCUCCCCGGCGUCAUGCAGCUUUUUAAGGGUCAGAUUUCACGACUUUGACACGUCAUCCAGCGGUUUCCUUCCACAGCUUUGUGGUGAUGUGAACUGCUUGGCUUUUCAUGUGCUGCUUCUCUGGUCUAAAUGCCUGGACAUGCCGGCGACGUGCAGCAUCUCCCAGAACUCCCAGCGAGGCGUUCCUGCAUCCACAAACCAACCGUGUGUACUUUUCCACGUGUUUUGACAGCUGACAGAUUUCAUACAGUUUUUCAUCUCUCACAGAUCGCUCCACUCUGUCGGUUUACAAAGAAAUGCCGUUUGAUAUUCCAAAGUUGAAACUAUGCAGCAUUGAUCCUGAAUACUGUAUGCUCUUCUUUUUGUCUUUUGUCAUGUGAUUGAGGAUAAAUGCUGACAGCGCAGUUUCAAGCAAAGCAUGAGACUUAAAUGUACAGCAGGAAAAGAAUGUAUAAAGUAUAUAAAUAAAUCUAUAUUUGAAGAUCUUUGUUCCAAAACGUUGCAUACACCACGUGGAAAGGAUGCCGCUGAACGAGUACAGGUUUAUUGAAGACAGAGAAGAUCCAGGAGGAGAGGUUAGAAAUACUGUUUCUGAGAAUGAUUUGCACUUCAGAAAUACUGUGUUUUUUCCACCUGGAUGUAUGACGUUUUGGAAUGAAACCCUUCAUUUAUUUUUCACCCCAUGACAUGUUCCAUCUUUACACUAUGUGUGAGUUUGCUGGUGUUUGGUUUGUCCAAUAAAUGCAAACUUAUUUCUUCAUAAAAAUCAAAAA